GAGGAUGGACGCCACCGUGAGCUACGCCGAACAAGUCAGCCACGCAUUCGUCGGAAAUGGCUAAUCGGAUCACACAUGUUUUCUGCGGCGGUGCGGCGUGUGAACCCGGAGUUUUCUAGUUCCGUGAAGGUUUAUCAACGUUUCGUACAGGCAAUGGCUCGGUGUGGUACGGGAACGCCUACUUCGACGACUCACACAGCAGGUGCGGACGGACGAAUAGACAGACAGAGAGACAGACUACGGAUGGAUGACUCAUGGUUUAUUGUUUGGCCUACCAAAAACUAGGGGACAAAUUGGCGCUAGUGUCGCAAUCUUCAUUUACCUUGGGGUAUACUAGCUAACCUAGCUCCCGUGACGCCGGCUGGAAGCAUAGAUCCACCUAGCUACCGGUUUGCUGCUUGGUCUCGCCCAUUCAUCGGAAAAAACCACUGCUUCAUGGGCUACCGACACGUGCCUCUACUACCCGGACGCACCAACGUUAUCCAGUUCGGCUUCCCCUCUCCCAUCGGCCCUGCAUAACACCCCAGCUGAUGGACACGUGACAUCGACAAGCCAGCCUUUAAAAGAAGGGUUUCAGGCGUUCUUCUUCAGUGGGCACAGUGGACCAGUUUCCAGCAUGUUGCCUCACAAGCCUUUCGCCUACCUUGUUGGUGAUUAUUAUUGUUCUAUAAAAAGUGACUGUCGUGGUCUUCUGGUUCUGCCGUGCCCACUGAAGUGCCUUCACAUUGCCUAUGAUGUAUGUUGGUUGUGCAAGCUACUUGUGUGCGGUGACGUUGAGAUGAAUCCCGGACCCUCUUCCGAUGUAUCCGACAGUCUGUCCGCGAAAGAUAGUACUCAUGAAAUGUUAAAGCAAAUUUUGGAGGGCCAGAAGGUGAUGACUUCCGAAGUGGCUGCUUUACGAACUCAGCAGGAUGGCCUGCAGAGAUUACUUACAGACUUGUCUGUGCGAAUCAAUCAACUAGAAAAAGGGUAGACAAAGUGGAUAAUGUUGAACGAAAAGUUGACUUUCUUCAAGAAAAAAUUACUGACUUGAAAGACAGAAGUAGGCGUUCAAAUCUUAUUGUUUUUGGCAUCAAGGAAAAUCCCUCUGAAACCACCGAAACAUUGAGGAGGGACGUUUUAACUGAUCUUUUUGCCAAUAAACUUGAAGUACCAUGUCGAUCUGUCGGUCGAACUAAUAGAAUUGAAAAGCCGGGCAGCCAACGUCCAGUUAUUGUGUUCUUUCAGGACUACAACGAGAAAGAAAGGAUCUUAAAGAACGCGCACAAACCUAAAGGUUUUGACGUAUCAAUACAAAACGACUAUUCGAAAGAGACUCUCAGGAAAAGAAAGCUUUUGUGGGAGAGCGCAAAGUCUGAAAAAGGUCAGGCAAAGAAGGUAACCCUCAAUUACGACAAAAUUCAUGUAGGUCGGGAUACGUACAAAUGGGACAAUGCAAAGAACGCGAGGGUUAAAUAACCAGCCCAAAAAUCCGCCCACCCAGUCCCUGACUCGUGACUCCUGUUAAUAAAAAACUACGAAUUUUGAACUUGAACGCUCGUAGUAUUGUCAACAAAGCGCAGAAAUUAGAAGCGCUGAUUUUGGGCUACAUUUCACAUGUGGUUGUUCUAACCGAGACUUGGUUGCGGCCUUAAAUUUGCGAUGAGGACGUAUUUCCGCCGUCAUAUCGGGCAUAUCGACGAGGUAGAGCUUCUAGAGGAGGCGGUGUUGCUAUUCUUGUCAGACACGACAUAAAAUCUUUUCUAUUACAUCAGAUUCAAGACCACAAAAGUGUCAUUAUAAAAAUUUCCUUUUGGGGACGAUCAUUCGUCGUACUUGCAGUUUAUCGUACACCCGAUUCACCGCCCGAUUUCUUUCGGUCACUUUACGAUUACAUGAACACUUGCAGACAUGAUAAGGCAAUACUAACAGGCGAUCUCAACUUGCCAGGAAUAGAUUGGAGCUCUUCUUUUCUGAACACAAAAAACUGUGAGCAUGCAUCGUACCUCUUUGAUAUUAUGACAAGCCAAAACAUGCAUCAAAUUGUUUCCCAACCGACGCGGGUGCAUGGCGCAAGUGCAUCCUUGCUUGACCAGGUUUUUAUAACGAGAUCGGUUGAACUUUUUUCUGUAUCGGUCGAACCUGGCCUUUCUGAUAACUACGUGGUUUAUUUUUCUUGUCCCAUGCAGGCUGUUUGCGCUACGCGCCAUGCCAAAUCAAUUACUGUGAAAGACUUUUCGCGUGCAAACGACGAGAGUGUUCUGGACUACCUCGAUCUUUCCCUCAGCAGCUUUCAAGGAACUGACCCUGAAAAAUUGUGGAACAAAUUCAAAGAAAUAUGCCUGCAAUGUCUAGAUAAUUUUGUUCCUAGCAAAGUAAAAAAAACGCGCAAAUCAAAUCCUUGGAUCACGCGAGAUGUCUUGCACAUGGAAAGGAAACUAAAGCGGCUUAAACGCAAGGGUGCUCCACGCAAUAUUACUCUUUCUGCCCAGGACAAACUGAACGAGGCUGUGAGGAUAGCUAAGUUUAGAUACUUUCAGGAUACUCUACCCAACUUUCUAACGUCUGCCCCACAAAUAUUUUGGAACUUUUUGAGCAAAAAGACCAAUUGUGUUGAACAAAUACCACAUGAAGGAGAAACUAUUGUCGACAAGAAAACUAUUGCCAAUCAUUUCAAUUUGUUCUUCCAUAACGUUUUUUCUGCCUCUAACAAGCCACUGCACCAAUUUUCUCGAAGUAAUGACGACGUUCCAAAUAUUUUAUCUUUACCCGUUAUUGUUUCGUUGCUGCUGAAUUUGAAAACUAAAACUUCAACCAGUCCUGACCAAAUUCAUAACACUUUUUUACGACGAUGUGCCGAAAUGCUAUCGGAAUUCCUUAUAAUCAUUUUCCGUGCUUCCAUCCGUUCCGGCCGCUUGCCUCGUGACUGGAAAGUGGGACGCAUUGCUCCAGUGCACAAAAAAGGUGAUAAAGAUUUGGUUCCAAACUAUCGUCCAAUUUCUAUAACGUCUUCGUCUUGCAAAGUGCUUGAACAUAUCAUAGCUAAAUUUAUUAUAACGUUUCUUAAUGAUAACAACAUACUUUAGAAUGUUCAGCAUGGUUUCAGGAAAGGGUUUUCCACAGAAACUCAGUCAAUUUCUGUUGUGCACAGUUUUUCACAAAUUUUAGAUAAGGCAGGUCAAGUCAAUGUAAUAUUCUUGGAUUUCACAAAGGCAUUCAAUCUUGUUCCUCAUGAUAAGCUUAUUCAAAAACUGGAAUCGAUUGGCCUUCCAGAAUUUAUAAUUUCCUGGAUUUCUUCCUAUUUGUCUGACCGCGUUCAGUUUGUAAGCAUUGCCAGUAAUUGCUCUGACCCGCUCCCUGUAACUUCUGGGGUUCCCCAAGGGAGUGUACUUGGGCCUUUAUUAUUUGUAAUUUACAUUAAUGACAUUGUUGAUACUGUUUCUUCGCCGAUUCAGAUCAGACUGUUUGCUGAUGAUUGUGUGCUGUUUAAUGAAAUAACUUCCUAUGAAGACCAGGUCUUGCUAAACACUAACCUCCAAAAUAUCUUUGCAUGGUGCAAGCAAUGGGAGAUGAGGUUAAACACAGACAAAACCGUCUUCAUGCGAGUAACCAACAAAAAAAAUAUUUUACCAUUUACAUAUCAAUCCGGUACCCAGACAGUAGCUGAGGUUGUUGAGUAUAAGUACCUUGGUGUCACUCUAACGAACGACCUCAGCUGGAAUAAGCACAUCUCGAAUAUUUGCGCAUCGUCUUUCCGUAAACUUGGUCUUUUGAGACACAAACUAAAGCAUGCUCCUUCUACUGUAAAAAAACUAACUUAUUUGACUGUUAUACGCCCCUCAUUGGAAUAUGCCUCAAUCGUCUGAGACCCAUACACAAAAAAGAAACAUUGAGGCUCUCGAACUAAUCCAACGCAAAACGGUACGUUUUAUUUACUCCAAGUACCGAAGAACUGAUUCCCCCACAAACCUUAUGAAAGAAAACAAUAUACCCACACUUGAAAAACGUCGUAAAAUUCACAGGCUCAAAUUUCUUUUUCUUUUAAAUAACAAGAAGCUGUCAGUAAACCGUGAUAUGUACCUGAAACCACUUACGACAAGACAAACCCGGCAUCGACAAACUCAUUCAUUAAAACCGUAUUUCGCCAGAACAAACAUUUUCAAAUACUCGUUGUUUCCUCGAACCAUAAACGACUGGAACUGCGUACCUCAAUCACUAACCAGCUGUGUAGAGGCAAUGGAGCGUAUUUAACAAUGACCUAUGUUUUUGUAUCUUUUGUAUAUGAUGUAUCCUUUUUGUUCUUGCUGUUUACACUUGUGUGCAAUGUUAUGAUCUUUGCCCCUCCUGCUGGGGCCCUUAAAUGGGUCUGCAGUAUUUUG